AGAACGCGAACGUCGUCUGCGAUAACUGUCCACACUGCGACUUCGAGAACGACGAGGCGAACGCCCCCUGUAACUAUACAAGGACUGGAUAACACUUUUUCGAAAAGAAUACCAGAUUCGGAAUCCAGAAACACGUAA